AUGGAAAGUAAUGAAUGUGAAAUAACAGAUUUCGAUCAAGAAAAUAAAAUUCUUCUGGAACCAUAUGAAUAUAUACGAACGAUACCUGGUAAACAAAUUCGGCCAAAAUUAAUAAAAGCUUUUAAUUUUUGGCUAAAUAUUCCUGAAGAUAAACUUGUGGUUAUUGGUGAUCUCGUCGAAAUGCUUCAUAAUUCAUCAUUGCUUAUUGAUGAUAUUCAAGAUAAUUCCAAAUUACGCCGUGGUGUACCUGUUGCUCACAAUAUUUACGGUGUUCCAUUAACAAUAAAUGCUGCCAACUAUAUUUAUUUCUUAGCUAUGCAAAAAGCUCUAACACUACAGCAUCCUGAUGUCACACAAAUAUUUGUUGAUCAAAUGUUGGAAUUACAUCAUGGACAAGGCAUGGAAAUUUGGUGGCGCGACAAUUUUGUAGCACCAUCCGAAGAUGAAUAUCGUCAAAUGGUUAUAAGAAAAUGCGGUGGCCUAUUUAAUCUAGGCGUACGUUUUAUGGAAUUAUUUGCAUCCAAUGAAAUACGUCUUAAAUAUAAAUUUGAUAGAUUAUGUCCAUUACUAUCUUUACUUUUCCAAAUACGUGAUGAUUAUUGUAAUUUAAUGUCGAAAGAAUAUACAAACAAUAAAUCCUACUGUGAAGAUUUAACAGAAGGAAAAUUUUCAUUUCCAAUUUUACAUGCUAUUAAUACACGUGAAACAGAUACACGCAUUAUACAUAUACUUAAACAACGUACACAAGAUGUGGAAUUAAAACGUUAUUGCGUACAGUUACUACAUGAAUUUGGUUCUAUUGAAUAUACACGUCAAGCAUGUAUUAAUUUAGGAAAACAAGUAUUCGAUGAAAUUCAUGCACUUGGUGGAAACAGUUAUCUAGAAAAUAUUGUUCAAAGUCUAGUAGAAAUAUUUCAUAACGAUAGCGAUAGUGGAAAUGAACAAGAUAUGGAAAAUAAUGAUAAAUAUCCUGCUAAUCAAAAUGAUCAAACCAAUAGAAGUUAUAAGAAGCCUGUGACAUAUACUGAGUCACGGUAUAAAAUAUAA